AUGGACCUGAAAAUUACUGUACGUCCGCAACCAGUGUCAUCUGAGACAGUUUUUCCCCCAACGACCCUGCGUUCAUUGCUGCAUUUUGUAAAAUAUACCCCAGAAAAGGCAUACGCAACUUUAACUGAGCCACCAGAAGAGAACGCUACCACGAACAUCAACAUAUGUGAGCUCUGUACCUGCAAAAAUGAGACGCUGUCGUGUACUGGUUUCAGCCCAAAGCAGAGGCUCCACAGAGUGCUUGUGCCAGAGCCCAACACCUACAGCGGCACCUUCACCAUCUUAAAUUUCAAAGGAAAUUCUAUUUCUGAGAUCGAUAAAAAUAUAUGGAAGGCAUACCGUUGGACUGAGAAACUAAUUCUCAGUGAAAAUUAUUUGACCGAAUUACAUAAGGACUCAUUUGAAGGCCUACUAUCCCUCCAGUAUUUAGAUUUAUCCUGCAAUAAAAUACAAUCUAUUGAAAGACGUACAUUUGAACCACUACCUUUUUUGCAGUUUAUAAAUCUUGGUUGCAAUUUACUCACAGAACUGAGCUUUGGAACAUUUCAGGCCUGGCAUGGAAUGCAGUUUUUACACAAAUUAAUUCUCAAUCGUAACCCUCUGACAACUGUUGAAGAUUCGUAUCUUUUUAAAUUGCCGGCAUUAAAAUAUUUAGACAUGGGAACAACACAGGUGUCACUUCCAACAAUUGAGAGCAUCCUCAUGAUGACCCUUGAAUUGGAAAAACUGAUUUUACCUAGCCAUAUGGCCUGCUGUCUCUGCCAAUUCAAAAAUAAUAUUGAGGUUGUCUGCAAGACAGUCAAGCUGCAUUGUGACAGUGAAUGUCUGACAAAUGCCACACAUUGUGAUGAAGAAGUAUCUAUAAGGAGUGAAGGAUCAUUCAUGAAGGUAUUGAAAUCCCGGAAGAAGAGCACCAGUACUGAGCUGACAACUGAGCAAGAGAAGCCAUCCUCAGAUAAAAAUCGCUUCAGUUUAGCCUUUAUGAAUGAGCAGCUAGACUUUAAUGAUGAAAGUGAUGUUAUUAGUGCGCUGAAUUACAUAUUGCCUUAUUUCUCAGAGGGAAAUCUAGAAGAUGUAGAAUCAACGUUAUUACCAUUCAUUAAACUUCUGUUUUCAAAUGUGCAAGACGGAGACAAGCCCAUGGGUCCCUUGACAAACAACACAGGGAACCCUUUUCUUAAACCUGGACCCAACAAUUCAACUUACAAAAAUAAACUGAGGAAACUCCAUUUUCUAGAAAAUUUGUUAGAUGCAGAAAUUCAAGAAAAAAUUGAUGAGGUGAAAAAGAAAGAAAAAACUGCCAUGCUUAUACGUUCCGGCCUUUUCGGUCCCAAAUUCAAACGCCAAAUCUUUCCAAAGAAAUUGGAAACUGCCCAAGCACAGGAAAAGAGCCUCACCAAGGCUGAGAGUGUAGGGAAAAAGUUCCUGAGAGUAAAGAAGGUUAUCAAGGGCCCAAAGGGCCUACGGAAAAGGUACCUCAAACAAAGGCGCAAUCAGAGAAACCAGGGGAAACAGAAUGCCCAGCCAUUUGUGGAGAAUAUGGCCAAAGAAAGAAGGCUCAGUAGACCGUCCCCAAGGGAGCUGGAGCAGCUUCACAUGGCGCAGAGGCCCAGGAAAUUAGUGGGAGACUCCUUUAAUACGGAGCCUUCAUUCAUAAAGGAGCACAAGGCAGCAGUCUCUUCUUUUCUGAAACAGUACUCCUUGGGCAGGCCUUCUGCCUCCACUCCUCCAAAAUCCCUACCUGAGGUGAAAAACAAAUCAAAAGCCUUAACCGACACCAUUUUUGUUUUAGAGGAUGCAAAUGCUAGAGUUAGGAAUAUGAAGGCUUCUAAACCAGUCUCACAUUCCAGAAAAAAGUACCUCUUUCAUAAAACUCGCUCGCGUGGGGUCCACAGAGCACCCAAGGCCAAGCUGAGUCGAAAAUUCAGAAAGGGAAGUCCUAUCAGUAAUAGGCUGAUGCUUGCAAAGAGGCCUCCGUUCUCUGCCAUCAGGAGCCUCAUAAAUUCCCCCUUCACGGGAGGCUUUUCCUCUUCAGGAGAACUGAGUUCUCAGGAAAAUCCUUUUCCAGAAUUAUUUCCUCUUUCAGAACGUUUUAGAGAAAACACUACUGUAGAAAACACUACUGCACAGAAUGUUUCUGAGAAACCUGUUUCUACAAGAAACAUGACUGUGCCAGAACAAACCCUCCCUGCAUUCAGGAACCAUAAGAAUCUUUCCAGUGCAUAUUCUGUGGCCACCACAGGCAACUUUAUGUCAACUGUUAAACAAACCAAUGAAUCACGACGGAUAUACCACAGCGUGGGCACUGGAUUGCCCCCGAAGCCCACAGGCUUCACUGGGUCGAAGCUCUCAGCCCCAGGUGACCUCUUUGAAAUUCAGCUAAACCAGCAGCUAUGGUCCCUCAUCCCGAACAACGACGUGAGAAGGCUCAUUUCUCACGUUAUCCGGACUUUGAAAAUGGACUGCUCUGAGAGCCACGUGCAACUGGCCUGUGCCAAGCUCAUCUCCAGAACAGGCCUCCUGAUGAAGCUUCUCAGUGAGCAGCAAGAAGUAAAGGUGUCCAAGGCAGAGUGGGAUACGGACCAAUGGAAGACUGAGAACUACAUCAAUGAGAGCACAGGAGUCCAGAGUGAACAGAAAGGGCAGGAGUCCAGCGAGCUCAUAAAAGGAGUUCCAGGUUAUGGCUAUAACAACAAACUCAUCUUGGCAAUAUCUGUGACUGUAGUAGUGAUGAUUUUGAUUAUAGUUUCCUGUCUCAUUGAGGUAAGGACAACUGUUAAUUUAGAUUUCCAGAGUAUCUUCUAUCUUUAUAAUAGAUUCAGAACCCACAAACUGAAAAUCAAAGCCACUUUCCCACCUACUACUACUUGAUGCUCCUCUUCAGUCUGGAGGACUGAGAUAUGCUUUGUUCUCUUUUUGCAAAGUAUAUUCCAGGGAAUUUUAAGGGUGUAAGUGCCUGGAGCAAUUCGGGCGGGAAUUGAGAGGACUGUGAAGACCAGGGCUCGGUGGGCCCCAGCAGGUCGGCGGUCAGCUGGGCAUGGUCCAGGGCCCACUCCGGAGGCUGAGCUGCCUGGACCAGCAGCCACAAUGAUUGCCACGUGCGGAGCAGCAGUGGGGCCCAGAGGCGCAGCCGGGACAUGACACGCGGAGGCUCUGGGGCGCAGUGACCCACGCUGCAAAUAAAGACCACCUACAACAACAGUUGCAGGAUGGUUAUUCAGAUUCCAGUAUGGUGAAUUUACCAGUAGAUUUCCCAGGGGGAUCAGAUCAACCUCCAAAGCUCCCUGAGGGGCUGAAAUUCCUCCACUCCUGCAGGAGACCCCAAAUCAUUUAGAGUUGCCUGAGGAAGCUGAAUCUUUUUGGCCUCAGGUGGAGGCCCAGGCCCAACAUUCAGAGCCCCCUGAGGAGAUAGAAACAUCUCCAAUUCAGCAGGGGGCUCCAUCUCUGCUUCCAGAGAUCCUUAAGGAAGCUAUAAACCCACAGGAGGCCCUGGCUGAGCUUUCAAGUACCCCUGAAGAAAUCAAACUUUCUUCACUCCAGCAGGAAGCCUCAGCUCAACUGACAGAGGCCCCUGAGGAGGUAGAACCUUCGACCCCUCAGGAGGCCUCAGCUCAACCGACAGAGCCCCCUGAGGAGAUAGAAACAUCUCCAGUUCAGCAGAGGGCUCCAGGAGUUUGACCCUGGGUCAAACUUUCUCCAGUCCAACAGAAAGCCUCAGCUCAACCGACAGAGGCCUCUGAGGAGGUAGAACUUUCGAACCCUCAGGAGGCCCCAGCUCAACCUCCACGGCCAUCUAAGGAGAUGGUACCUCAACCAAUAGCACAUGACAUCUCUAAGUAAGAAUGAAGCUCAGUGGCCAAACUUCUCCAACGUCACUGUUAAACCUGUGGAUCUGGUACUUACUGUAACUCUAACUCAGCCUCCAGAGCGCACCGAGGAGGCUCAGGCUUCUCCAAUCCAGCAGGAGGCCCCAGCUCAGCCUGUAGAGCUCCCCGAGGAGGCUGAGCCCACCCCUUUUCCAAAAUCACCAGGGCCCAAGCCUCCCUUCCCCCUACGAAGGGCACAAGCCCCUCCUGGGGCUCACAGCGAGGCAGGAUGGGCCCGGACUGCAGCAGCUCUGGGGUGGAAGGGGGCAGGGGACAGUUUCCCAAGGACGCCACAGGACCGGCAUCCCGGGAAAUUAAAAAACGCUAGUCCAAUUCUGGCGGUUUGAACUCGGCCUCUUCAAAGCUUAAAUCCGAGAGACAUUCUUCCUCCCCUCGGCCAUCCUGCUUCCAAGAAAAGUAGCUGACCUGCGGAAUAAGCACCAGGCAGGGCAGUGGGGAAGGGAACACAUUUUACAGUGACUUAUUCUAAGAUGUUGCCAUUUCCUCUAAAUUCUCAAUACGCAUGUCUGAGCAUUAAGUCGCCACUCUGUUAGGAGGCUUCCUACCACUGAAUCAGUGAUGUCUCCAAAAUUUCUGUAGGAGGGGUUUCGGGUGGAGGUUGAGGGGGCAGGUGAGCAUUUCAUUCUGGAAAUGAGGGUCUGAAACCAAGAGAAUAGCCCUCUAUUUACGCUGGCAUGGGAAAACCUCCCCCAUCCCACCUUGAUUCAACACAGCCGUCAGUCUAGAAAAAGUAACACCACCACUUUUUAGAGGUCUGACCCUGUGUGUGCACAUGGAGAAGGCACUUAGGAUGUUCAAGUUAGCAUGUUAAACAAUUUUCUUGAAAUACUGUAACUAGCCACGUAGUUUGCAACAGUUUACAUCCUUCACAGCCCUUUUCACAAUCUGUUUUAUUUGAGUCCUUUUUAUGGUCUGGCACAAGCUCUAACACGCAAACCCUAAGAGAGAAGGGUUUUAUCUUAUUCCCAGCGUCUAGCACAUAGUAAUGGUUUUUAAAUGGAACGGAUUCCAAGACUGGCCUUAUUUAGGAAUGGAUCUGUUGUUCCAAUCAGGUUUCUGAAACCUUUAGCAUCAAUACGGAAUCUCUUUCACGUUUCACAGGAAGCUAGACUUCUUAAAGUGUAAACUUGGAUAAGUCUGAAGUUUCCUUGACUGGCUUGAUUUAAAUUGAAUUAAAAUAAUUCUUUUGCACACAAAAAAAACUUCAAAUACUUUUUCAGAAAGUAACCAUCUUUCCUUUCUCCACUCUUCCCUUCAAAACAAACAAACUUUGCAGCUUUGGAGUGAGUUAAAUAAUCAGAAAUCUAGCCCUAAAUUAAGUUUUCAAUGACAUGAAACACAUCCUUUUCUCCUUUUUUUUUAAACAUUCUAUAUGCAGUAUAUUAAUAUCUUCUUUUAGAAAUUACUUUGGCAACUUAAUCCCUAAUUCAGGGCAUUGAUAUAAGUGAUUUACAGAAAAGUUCUUCAGCAAAAUAUUUCAUACAAGGUAUGUAUGAGAUGCUGACAUCUGGGUAAUACACCUUAUUUGAAAGGCAUAAUGGUUUUCAAACACUGUAGCAUAAUCUCACUUAAGACCAGAGUUGCUCUGUUCCCAAAUCCUUGAGAUUCUGUUGGAGGGGAGCUCUAAAAGGCUGUGUCCUCUCCUAUGUCCACAACAGUAGGAGUAUUCUGAUGCAAUUUGCUCUCCAAAUUUGAAAUAAGGGGUCAGAGCCAAGGGCCAGGACUUCAGGAAAAGCCCCAGAGAUUCUCUGCACUCAAAAGCAGUUUCUGAGUUGUACAUUUCCCAAAGGAUGAUAGAGCUAACUGUACGUGCCCAAGUCUUCCAAAUCCUGCCGGCUGCUUUAAAUUAUGGCUACACUGGCUGUGGAAUCCUCGAGCUCUAAUCUGCACAUACUUGAAUUAAAUCCUGUAGCUCCUCUUCGGUUCUGGCAUCUGUAAUCUCUUCACAGGGUCUAUAUUCCACAGCUAUUUUACCACUUUCUGAAAUGAAGUUAACAAGUAGCAUAUCAAAAUUUUGCUUGUUCUAAAACUUCCUGAAUAUAACUGGGAUAGCACCUAGUAAUUAGACAUUCUUUUGAUUUUUUUUUAAAUUUUUUAAUUUAUUUGAGAGAGAGAAUGAGAUAGAGAGAGCAUGAGAGGGGGGAGGGUCAGAGGGAGAAGCAGACCCCCCGCUGAGCAGGGAGCCCCAUGCGGGACUCGAUCCCAGGACUGCAGGAUCAUGACCUGAGCCGAAGGCAGUCGCUUAACCAACUGAGCCACCCAGGCGCCCGACAUUCUUUUGAUUUUUAAAAACUAUUUUAUUUAUUUAUCUGACAGAGAGAGUGCACAAGCAGGGGGAACAGGAGAGGGUGAGGGAGAAGCAAGCAACCUGCUGAGUAGGGAGCCUGAUGAGGGGCUCAAUCCCAGGACCCUGGGAUCAUGACCUGAGCCGAAGGCAGACCUUAACCAACUGAGCCACUCAGCUGCCCCAUAGACAUUCUUUUGAUUUCUAAAAGCAGAAAAUAAAAGCAUCUUCUCAGAAGUUUUCUCAUCUCACACUUCAGUUUUUAUCAUAACUUUUUUUUUAAGAUUUUAUUUAUUUAUUUGAUAAAGAGAACACGAGCAGGGGGGAGGGGCAGAGGGAGAGGGAGAAGCAGACUCCCCACUGAGCAAGGCAGUCCGACAUAGGGCUUUAUCCCAGGACCUGGGAUCAUGACCUGAGCGGAAGGCAGACGCUUAACCGACUCAGCCACUUAGGCACCACUAUCAUAACUAUCUGUGAAAAAAUAUAUGUGAAGUUAUCAACCAUGUGGUUAAAAAAACUUUAUGAUCUCAGAGAUAGGAACUAAGGAAUAAUGACAUAGGACGUUAAAACUGUGGAAGCAAAACUGUUCAAUCAUAGUAUGAUUAAACAGUAAGACAUUAGAUAGGGGUCAAUGUAAGUUCAAACCUGGAAUAGAGACCACUGGCCUAUGGCUGAUACUUCAUAUUAGAAAUAAGGCAAGUAUCUACUCCCUGAGAACCCAAAUCCCACCAGAUACAAUGAACAAUGCUUUGGAGGGGGGUGGGCAGGGCAUGCAUUUGAACACUUUAUUGGCAGAAACAGGCCCAUGUAACUUAUAGACAACACAAUUUACCUUAGGGCAAACUACAGCUACAAGACUUUUUAGUCUAAGGAAUUUUGAAAUUGUGCAAGGGAUACCAUAGCAUAUUAUGGAGAGGUCAACAACCCAAACGCUUAGUUUGCUUCUUAAAGGUUGUCAUUCAGAAUUGACAGCUAAUGGAGAGUCUACCUGAUGACCAGGGAAGUCAGUCUUCACGGGAAGACUUGCCCAGGCUGGAAACCUGAGACCAAUCCACGGUCAACUCUUACAAGCAAAUAAGGUCUCUGAAACGUAGCUAGGAUUUCUUAGUCUUUAAGACUCAAGGCUCUGAAGCAGGGGAGCAACUGUUUGGGGACUCUCCACUAAUUAUAAAAUUUCCAGAAAAAAAGGCACCUGGGUAGCUCAGUCGGUUGAGUGUCCCACUCUUGAUUUCGGCUCAGGUCAGGAUCUCAGGAUUGUGAGAUCAAGCCCUGCAUGGGGCACCGUGCUGCGUGUGGAGCCUACUUAAGAUAUUCUCUCUCUCUCUCUCUCCCUCUCUCUCUCUCCCUCUACUCCUCCCCUGUCUCCCUCUUUUAUUAAAAUAAAAUAAAAUAAAAUAAAAUAAAAUAAAAUGAAUAAAAUAAAUUUCCUUUGAGCCUGGAUUGAUUCUCUCUCUCCCUCUACGCCUCCCCUGCCUCCCUCUUUUAUUUUAUUUAAAAUAAAAGAAUAUUUAAAAAAAGUAAAAUUUCCUUUGAGCACAGCCUAUAACAUUCAUACUACUGUAGAACUCAAUAGGGAAUACAAUCAACAUCAUUCAAUAGGAUGGCCACUUUCAAGGUUCACAAAAAUGUAGCUGAUCAUUACAUAAGAAUCAUGGUCACCCAAUAUGUCAGUGCCAGAAACAAAAACUGAAACUGAAUUGAUUCCAAAAGCAUAAUCUAAUAAAUUCUCCAACAGGAAAAUAAUAAUGAUAAGAAGUUAACAUAUUUUGUCUGCUUACCACGUUCCAGAGAUAGUUCUAAGCUUUUUAUUCAUCAUCUCAUUUAUUCUUGCUAUAUCUCCAUGAGGUAAGCUGAUUUAUUAACCUUAUUUUGCAGAUAAAGAAAUUGCAGCUUAAAGAGACUAAAUACCUUCAAAUUUGACUAUAAAACCUAAAACUGCAUCAGAAAUCUAAGAGACAGAGUUAGGAUUCAACAACAGAUGUCCAAAGCUUACAAUCACUAUACUACUUUGUGUUAUGGGCAAUCAAUCAAGGAACACUGGAUCAAGCAUUUUCUAUGAGGAGGCAAGUCACUGUAUAUGUAUACCCUGGGGACAAUAAUAUUUACUGUCAUUUUUCCUCACAAAUACUACAAAGAACAAAUUUGAGACUGCUGCUUUGAAAGCAUUUGGUGAAUAAAAGAAUGUGAAGUGUUUUCAUCCAACUAACUUCUCAAAAUGAGUUUAUUUGCUCAUGGAAACUGAAGUUGUUUAAGGAAAAUCAAAAGAAAAGAAAA